AUGUGGAAUAAUGACAAUGAUAACCAUGUAAUUCUCUUCUUUGAUCUGGGAACAAGGAAAAUUAAAUUUCAAUGCAUCAAACCUUGCUUCUGGAUACCACCAAGUGUUGGUUGUGUUAUGUUUUGUUGUGAUGGAGCAAUCAUUGGCAAUCCAGGAGCUGCUGGUUUUGGUGUAGUAAUAAGAGAUCACUUGAGUCAAGUCUUAGGAGUUAUUAUAGGGGGAAUUGGCAUUUCUACUAAUUACAUAGCAGAAGUGUAUGCAAUCAUUGGAGCAGUUGAAUUAGCUAUUGAAUGGAAGUUGCAGAACAUAAUUCUUAACUCAGAUUCCAAAACAGUUAUAACAGAAUUUGCAGAAAACAAGAUGCCAUGGUUUGUAAAGAUGAGAUGGCUAAAGGAAGUAAGUAAAAUCCAGUCAAUAACAUUCUGGCACAAUUUAAGGGAAGUUAAAUAUGCAGCAGAUACAGCUGCAAAAAGAGGUAUUAAAUUGGCAGCAGGUCAGAGGUAA